AUGGUGAAGCUUCUUCUCGAGAAAGGAGCAGAUAUUGCAGCAAAAUCUGAGGAAGGUUGGACCAUAUUGCACGACGUGGCCCACCAGGGUAAUACCACCAUGGUAAAACUACUCCUACAGAAAGGCGCAGAUAUCACCCUGAAGACAAAAGACGGAAGUACUGCACUCCACAUAGCCUCACUGGAAGGUCACACUGAGAUGGUAAAGCUUUUGCUUAAGAAUGGGGCGAAGGUUUCGGCCAAAACAAUUCUAGGACUGACGGCAUUGCACUUUGCAGCUCGACAUGGCCUCAAAGAAAUAGCAAAGUUACUCCUUGAUAAUGGCGCAGAUGUCACGAUCAAAACGACUCAAGAAUGGACGGCAUUGCAUAAUGCAGCUCACAAGGGACAUACUGCCGUCGCAAACCUACUCAUUAAUCGCGGAGCGGACGUUACCGCAAAGACAGAAAACGCUCACACGGCGAUAUACCUCGCUGUUAGCCAGAACCAUGUCGAGAUGGUGAAAUUGCUACUGAAGAACAAAAAGUCAGAUGUAGAGACUAGGUCAGACAAAGAAUUGGCACCAUUGCACAGCGCGGCCCAUAAAGGCUAUGCCAUUAUGGUAAAGCUACUUCUUGCAAACGGGGAAAACCUUGAGGCAAAGAUGAAAGAGAAGACCACAGCCCUGUACUUGGUGGCCAAAAGGGGGGACAUCGCGAUGGCAAAAUUACUUCUGGAAGAAAAGGCAAACAUCGAAGCCAAAUCCGAUCUAGGAUGGACACCAUUAUACGCCGCUGCACAUCAAGGACACGAUGAUAUGGUAAAGCCACUGUUAAAAAAAGGAGCGAAUAUUGCAGCAAAAUCCAGCGAAGGAUGGACGGCAUUGCACGAUGCAUCUCAUAAGGGUCACGAUUCCACGCUAAAACUAUUAUUGAAAAACGGGGCGGACAUUGUAGCAAAAUCGGCCGGAGGACGGACAACCUUACACGAAGCAGCCAACCGGGGGCUUACUGAUAUGGCCAAGUUACUGUUGAAAAAUGGGGCAAAGGUUUCAGAGAAAACAGAUAAAGGAUGGACAGCUCUACAUAGUGCCGCACAUCAGGGACAUAUCGGCGUGGCAGGGCUACUUCUCACUAGCGGUGCGGAAAUUUCAGUAAAGACAAAUAACGGAGCGACAGUGCUUUACCUAGCUGCCCAAGGCCACAAAAGUAUGGUGGGGUUUCUGCUAGACCAUGGAGCAGAAGGCUGGGUAGCAUUGCAUAUGGGUGUCGAAAAGGGUCAAAGUUCUAUUGUGAGAUUGCUGCUAGAGGGUGGAGUAAAAGCAACGACGAAGGACAAAGACGGAAAGACAGCUCUGCAUGUAGCUGUUACAAACGGCUAUUAUGGUAUCGUGACAUUGUUAAUUGCGCAUGGAGCUAAGAUCGAUGAACAGAGGAAUGAUGGAUACGCCCUAUUGCACGUGGCGGCCCAUAAGGGGGAUGAAAGAGCAGUAGAUCUGUUGUUGAGGAAGGGGGCCAAAACUGCAGUAAAGACUUUAGAUAAAUGGACACCACUCCACGAGGCAGCUCAUAAGGGACACGAAGGUGUCGUGAGGUUACUGCUUGACGGGGGGGCGGGUGUUGCUGCGAAGACCUCCGACGGAUGGACGGCGCUUCAUGAGGCGGCUUCCCGGGGGCAAAAUGGCGUAGUGAAAUUGUUACUGAACAGCGGAGUAGAUACUGAGGCGAGGAAUUCAGCUGGAUGGUCACCACUUCAUGAGGCGGCACGCGAAGGACACAAAGAGGUCGCAGAAUUGCUCCUGAGGAAUGGGGCAAAUCUCUCAGCAAAGACAUUAGACGGAUGGACACCACUUCUUGUAGCGGUCGAUAAGGGCCGAAAAGACACGGUUGAGUUACUAUUAAACUAUGGAGCAGAUCCUACGGCGAAGACUAGUGCGCAGAUUGGAGAAUAUACCUCUUUACAUCUUGCGGUCCAAAGAAAACGAAAGGAUAUCAUUUUGUUACUUAUCUCCCAUGAGGCUCAAUGGAAAACAAAGGAUAAAAAAGGGCGGACAGUGCUUGAUAUAGCCAUCGAGGAUGGUAGCAAGGAUAUAGUGGAGUUAUUGAGGCAAAAUCUGGGUAUAAAUAGAGUUCGAAUUUGGAUGAUCAGUGGCCAAGAGUCAGGUUGGAUUUUGCCUGUUUAG